UCCAACCUAGAAGGCUUUGAAAAACUUUAGCUGCCAACAUGAAAUUACUAACUAUCGCCUGCCUUGCCAUCUUAAUGGUGGUUGUUGCUGGACAGGGUACGGCAACUGCGGCAACUGCGGCAACUUCGGCAACUACGGGAGCUGGUACGGGAACUGGUACGGGAACUGGUACAGCUGAACAUCCUCCAACAAGCCCUGGUCCUGCUGACCCUCCACCAGCAGAUCCAUCCCCGGCUGAUCCAUCACCUGCUGAUUCAUCCCCGGCUGUUCCAUCACCAGCUGAUCCAUCUCCAGCUGAUCCAACCCCUGCUGGUCCAACUCCAUCUGAUCCCACCCCCGCUGGUCCAACUCCUUCUGAUCCUUCUCCAGCACCUACUGAUGGUAGUCCAACACCAGUAACAACACCAAAACCCGUGUCAACUACUAAGAAGCCCACCGCAACAACAAAGAAACCAGCCACCACCAAAAGACCCGCAACCACCAAGAGGCCCGCAACCACCAAAAGACCCGCUACUACCAAGAAACCAGCAGUAAACAAAAAACCCGCAGGCAACAAAAAACCUGUUGCCAACAAAAAACCCGCAGGCAACAAGAAACCUGUUGCCAACAAAAAACCCGCAGGCAACAAGAAACCUGUUGCCAACAAGAAACCAGGAAACAAAAAGAAACCCGGAAAUAAAAAGAAUAAGAAGCCCGCCAAGAAUAAUAAGAAGAAGGGAAACAAGAAACAAAAGAACAAGAAAAAGAAGAACAAGAGGCCUGCCAAAAAGGGUAACAAGAAGAACAACAAAAAUCAAAAGAAGAAGAAUCAGAAGAAGAACCAAAAGAAGAAGAAUGCUAAAAAGCAAGCUAAUAGAAGCGGUUAAAUUACCGAUAAUCUGAAAUGGCAAUAAGAAAAUAUUGAUUUCUAUAAGAUUUAAUAUUUUUUC